AAUUCUUCCGCGCGGAACAGACUCGCUAGGCCCCGCCCGCGGCUGUCCUGCUGUCUCUUCUCCUGGUCCCAGGCCCAGGGCCAGCGCCGCGCGCUCGCAGUGUCUGCCGAAGACGGGUUGGAGGGUCGGGCGAUAGUACCUGAAGACCCCUGGAGGCAGAGGCCUGGUUUGGCCAAUUUGGCGGUUCGUUCAGGGAGUUAAGAAAUUUAUUCCUAAAUCCAGGAUUUGCUGAACCUGCCAAGGAUUCUAAGUCCUUUCUUGGCUUUAAAGCACAGCGUUCACUUUCCCUUUGCAUCCAAGUCUAUGGCAAAUGAAGAGGUCUAAUCGCCUAAUUGUCCCAUUCUCUCUACCAUCCCAGCCUUUGCCAGGCUCCAUCCUAGAGACCCUUUACCCUUGCUUGCCCUUCAGCACCUCCUCAUAAGCUGUGAGCGGCUGAGGCUUAGAGAUGCAGUAACACUGGACGCCAGGCGAACUGCCCCCUGGCCUUGGAAGUCCUCCUGAGGAAGUGCUGUUUAGGCAGAGCAUCGCCUGCAGCAGGGCCUCUCCACCUGGGGCCGUGGGGCCUUACUUCUGCUCUCUUGGCCCUUGGACGGCUGGCCUCUCCCAGACCGGGCAGUGGUUGGGGAAAGGCUUUGCCCUGUGCCCCACAGUAUGAGUUCAGUAUUUACCAACUGGAUCUAGUAAGGGGAAGCCCUGAUCUUUUGCACAGGCCCAUCAUGUAAAUACUCCCAUCACAACUGGUUGCAAGCUACCACCAGUUUAACAACCAGUUAAUGGAAAUUCCUGUAAAUGUAACAAUCUGGUUGUGGUGUGAGCUGCUCCAGUGCACCGCUGCCUGUAGCAGAACCUUCUCAGCCGUGAUAGGCACAAUAAGUGAUAGACAGUGUUAGAAGGUGAUGAGUUCUAUGAGAAGGGAAGAAGUAGAGCAGGCAGGGAUAGAUUCAGGUUUUGUAGAACCAGAAGCUCAAACAAUUUGAGGACUUCAAGAAAAAUGAUAAAUACAAAAUUGAGAACAAGGCUUUGGCAGAGGCUUAUGCAAGUCAGAGGUCCUUAAGGGUCUUUAGGUUUGUGUUAAAUUUGCUCCUGAGAGCAGGGUAAGGGAGGUCACAGGGGAGGAUCGCCAUAAGGCUCUGUGGGGAAAGCCAGGCCAAGCAGAGGGAUAGGCCACUGCAAGGGCACUGAGGCAGGAGUGGCCUGUAGUUCUGGAGGAUGAGCUGAGAGGCUGGAGCCUCCCCGAGCAUCAGGGUGUGGAGGCAGGUGUGGAGCCAGAGAGAGGACUGGGACCUUGUCAGGCAGAGCUGGACAGGCCCUCAAAGGGAUUUUGGCUUUUACUGUUACUGACACUGGGAGCUGUAGUGGCCAUUGGUAUCACCACUUUAAAGGCCCACCCUGUCAUCUCUGUUGAAGACCCACUGUGGGGGCGGGCAGAAGUGGCAAAGGGAGAUCAGCUAAGAGGGUAGCAUAGCUGCUCAGUGAGAGAUGCUGGAGGCGUGGACUAGGGUGGGGGCAGCAGAGGUGCUAGGUGUGAAGGGCUGGGGGUGCGGGCUGGCCAGGGUCCUUGGCCCCUUGGAGAAAGGAACAGCAGGGGUAGGAAUAGGUUUCCAUGGGCUGAGGGGUGAAUGGGAAGUGGGGGGGGGCAGAGCUGGGUUCCACUCUGAGAGGCUGGAAGCAAACAGAGCUUGGGUGAUGUUGGGGGAGUUGGUGGGAGUGGGAGUGUGGAUUCUAAAGGCACAGCCUGGGUGUGAGCCCUGGCACUACUGUGGCCCUGUCUGCACCUCCAUUUCCCCUUCUGUGGUAAGGAUUAGCAGCAGCAAGGCAUGCCAGCACAGUGCCCAUCACCUGUGGGAUCAUACAUGAUGACAGCAAUGAUGAUGAUAACAUGAGAUGGGAAGGUUAAGUGGGUGUGCAGGCUGGAGAGACAGCCACAGGGAUGGGCCCCAGUAGGGGACCAAGGAGGCAGGAGGAAGUCUGUGCUGAGGUGCAAACUCUUGUAGGUCACAAAGUAUUUUCAUGACUGGGAAGCCUAGUCACCUGGGAGGUGUGGGGGCCCAGAAGCAUGGUUUGGGAAGGUUGCUGGGGGCAGCUGCAAGCCAGCCUCAGGCAGCAGCAGGGCUGGAGACCCAACGCUGUUCCUGUUGAAUGAGGGUUUCACAGAGACUUAGAGACCCUGAGUUGGGGGCAGUGACUCAGGGCCCUUAGUGGAUUUAAUGGGGAGGGUGAUUGACCAUAUCAGGGCCACAGGAAGAGGCCAGGGGAGUGGAGGACCACCAACGGACACUCCUGUCCACCCUACCAGCCAGGAGCUGGAGUGGGCCAGAUAAAGCCAGUGGGGUGGGCUGGCAGGAGGGUCCUGAGGGAUCCAGCCCAGCCAAUACUUCCUGGUCAGAGCUGGCGGUUGAGGCUUCAGCAGAGAGGAAGCACCUGAGCCCCAGUAAUCAGGCCCCAGCGCUGAGGGCCUGGUUCAGCCCCUCCCUCCCUCUCACUCUCCCUUCCUCUUUCAGUUUCACUUUUGUUUUCCUGUCAGGGCCUUCUGCCUGUGGAUCCCUGCUUGAGAGGGGGUUGCCAUGGCAGAGGUGGAGGCAGGGGCAGCAGUGGAGGUCUGUGGACUGUCCCCUGAUGUGUCCGAUGAGCUGCUCACUCUCUACUUCGAGAACCGCCGACGGUCUGGUGGGGGGCCUGUCUUGAGCUGGCGGAGAUUUGGCUCUGGGGGCAUCCUCACCUUUCGAGAGCCUGCAGAUGCUGAGAGGGUCUUGGCCCAGGCAGAGCACGAAUUACAUGGUGCCCAGCUAAGCCUGCGGCCAGCUCCUCCACGUGCCCCUGCACGACUGCUGCUCCAAGGACUGCCCCCUGGCACUGCACCCAUCCUUCUGGAGCAGCAUGUCCAGGCCCUGUUAUGUGCUGCGGGGCUCCCAGUGCAGCCCUGCUGUGCCCUGGCCAGCCCCCGGCCAGAUCGGGCCCUGGUCCAGCUGUCUGAGCCCCUUUCUGAGGCAGAAGUCCGUAUCUUGGAGGAGCAGGCCCAGAAUCUUGGCCUGGAGGGGGCCACGGUGUCCCUGGCCCAGGUGCCCCAGGCCCAAGCAGUGCGUGUCGUGGGGGACGCCCCCGCUGUGGACCUCUUGCUGCUGGAGCUGUACCUAGAGAAUGAGCGCCGCAGUGGUGGGGGGCCCCUGGAGGGCCUGCGCAUCCUACCCAGGCAUCUGGGCACUGUUGUCUCCUUCCAGCAGUGGCAAGUGGCUGAACGGGUGCUGCAGAGGGACCACUUGCUACAGGGUUCAGAGCUGAGCCUUGUCCCCCACUACGACAUACUAGAGCCCGAGGAGCUUGCUGAGGACACCAGUGGAGAGGACCACCUGUCCAAGCUGGGGCCUGGGGUCACCAAGCAUGCUCUCCUGAAGGCUGGAGGGCUGAUGAGGGCACUGAAGGGUACAGAGACUGUGACAGUGGGCUCUAGAGAGACCCCAGGGCAAUCAGAGGCCUCUCCAGGGACAGGUCCAGUGGGGUCUCUGGGACAGGCUGGGCCAGUCAGCUCAGGGACCAGGGAGUCUCUGGAGCAGGAGGGGCCCAUGAGCCUGGGGACUGUGGAGUAUCCAGAGAAGACUAAGCUGGUGAGCCCGGGGUCCAUGGGGUCUCCUGCCCUGGGGGAGAUCUCUCUGGGGGAGCUGGGGCAGGAGGGCCUGGUGGAAAUUGCCAUGGGCUCACCAGGGCAGGAGGGAUUAGUGAGUCCAGUGGAGAUCACCGUGGGGUCUCCAGAGAAGGCAGGGCUGGUGAGCCCAGGGCAUGUGGGGCUGCUGGAGCAGGUGGAGAUGGUGCUGUCAAUGGAGCCUGGGGCGAUGCGCUUCCUGCAGCUCUAUCAUGAGGACCUUCUUGCUGGCCUGGGAGAUGUCGCCCUCUUCCCACUUGAAGGAACAGAUGUGACUGGCUUUCGGCUCUGUGGAGCUCCAGCUCCAUGCCAGGCAGCUGAAGAGUUCCUGCAGAGUCUGCUGGGCAGCAUUGGUUGUCAUGUGCUGAGCCUGAAGCACCCGGGCAGUGCCAGGUUUCUCCUGGGCCCAGAGGGGCAGCGCCUUCUUCAGGGGCUGGAGGCUCAGUUCCAGUGUGUCUUUGGGACAGAGCGUCUGGCCAGGGCCACCCUGGACACAGACCCUGAAAAGGUGGACUCUGCUGAGGCCCUCGAGAGCCUCCCUGGUGGUGCCCACACCAUGUGGCCCCCAGACAGUGUAGACAAUGACCAGGAGAACAUGAGCCUGGAGGAGGUCCGAGAACUGCUGGCCACCCUGGAGGGCCUGGAUGGGGAAGACUGGCUGCCUCUAGAGCUAGGGGAAGAGGAGCUUGAGGAACAGCCAAAGGAGGAGGCCACUCCAGGACAUGAGGAGGGGGAUCCUGUGGCUCCCAGCACUGGGGCACCUGGACGGCUGGAGGAGGAGGCUGCACUGCAGCUGGCCCUUCACCGGUCAUUGGAGCCUCAAAGCCAGGUGGCUGAGCAGGAGGAGGCUUCUGCACUACAGCGAGCCCUGGCCCUCUCUCUGUUGGAGCAGCCCCUGUCAGAGGUAGAGGAGCACCCAGGUGGGGUGACUGAUGGUAGGGCCCAGCUGGUGGUGCACACUGCCUUUGAGCAGGACAUAGAUGAGCUGGACCGGGCACUAGAGGCUGCCUUGGAGGAACAACUCUGGGAAGAAACAGUGGGUCCUCAGAGCCACAUGCUGCCCGCAGAGCUAUGUGCUCGCCUCGAGCGGUGCCAUGGUGUGAACAUUGCCCUGCGCGGGGACUGCACCAUUCUCCGUGGCUUUGGGACCCAACCCACCCGUGCUGCCCGCCACUUAGCUGCACUUCUGGCAGGCCCCUGGGAUCAGAGUUUGGCCUUUCCCUUGGCAGCUUCAGGCCCUACCUUGUCAGAGCAGGACCUGAAGGAACCCUCAAGCAGGCUGGAGCAACUGGCAGAGAGCACUAGGGAGUUCCAGGAGGUGGUGCAGGCCUUCUACAACACCUUGGACGCUGUCCGUAGCAAGAUCCACAUUGUCCGGGUGGAGCGUGUUUCGCACCUACUGCUGCAGCAGCAGUAUGAGCUGCACCGGGAGCGCCUGCUGCAGUACUGUGAACGGCGCCCUGUGGAGCAAGUCCUGUACCACGGCACAACAGCUCCCGCCGUGCCUGACAUCUGCGCACAUGGCUUCAACCGCAGCUUCUGCGGCCGCAACGGCACGCUAUAUGGGCAGGGUGUGUACUUCGCCAAGCGCGCCUCCUUGUCGGUGCAGGACCAAUACUCGCCCCCCAACGCCGAUGGCCACAAGGCGGUGUUCGUAGCACGGGUGCUGACCGGAGACUAUGGGCAGGGCCACCGCGGUCUGCGGGCGCCCCCGCUGCGGGCCUCCGGCCACGUCCUCCUGCGCUACGACAGCGCCGUGGACUGCCUCGGCCAGCCCAGCAUCUUCGUCAUCUUUCACGACACCCAGGCGCUGCCCACCCACCUCAUCACUUGCCAGCACAAGCCCCGGGCUUCCCCAGAAGACCCCUCUGGUCUCUUGGGUCACUCCCCGGCCACCUGACUAAAGGGGCCACCCUCUGGCGUUCUGCUUCCCAGGUUCCUCACUCACUGCCCUCCUUCCUCUGGGGACGCCCCUGCGUCUUGCUGGCGGGGUGGGGGUGGGGGGUG